AUGACGACCACAAACGGAUUUUCAAAAUCGGAAAACUUCCAAUCGACGAUGAGCUCGUUAAACUACGGCCACGUGAUGGAACGAGCGGCGAGAGAUUACCAAAAAGAAAUUUUAGAGAAAGAAGAUUUUGAUGAGGAUGAUUUACUAUCGAGAAGGAGGAGGAAUAACACGAUAAACUUGAACAACGAGGAAGAAGAAAUGGAUGAGGAUUCUGUCCAACAAGAGAUGAAGGAGAAACGACUGGAAGAGCUGAAAAAUGGUACGACGACGACGUUAACGUAA